CUUUGUUAUUCAGCGCACUUAAAUCGAGUGUAUCUGGUGACAGUUCACCCUCAGAUAAGUUAGACGGCUAAGCUAACACAAAGUUUUCGCGGUUGUGCAGUUUGACCUCUGAUCACGCAUCUAAAACAAACAGAUUACAUUGUCGUGUUGCAUCUCAUUUAAGUGUAAUGGCUGAGAGACCAGAGGACCUCAAUCUUCCCAAUGCUGUCAUCACGCGGAUUAUAAAGGAGGCAUUGCCAGACGGAGUAAACGUGUCCAAGGAGGCAAGAAGAGCGAUUUCUCAAGCAGCUAGUGUUUUCGUUCUCUACGCAACAUCUUGUGCAAACAAUUUUGCUAUGAAAGCAAAAAGGAAGACACUAAACGCUGGAGAUGUGAUGUCAGCUAUGGAGGAGAUGGAGUUUGAGCGUUUCUUGCAACCCUUGCGGGAAGCACUUGAAGCAUACAAGAAAGGUCAGAAAGGCAAGAAGGAGGCAUCUGAGCAAAAACGAAAGGACAAGGAGAAGAAGAAUGACACAGAUGAAAAUGACAAGAGUAGAGAUGAAGAGGAAGAUGAGCACAUGGAUGAUGAGCAGGAGGGAGAGAACGAAGAAGAGGAUGUUGAGAACUGAAAAGCAGGAUUGUUUUAUUUAGUCAGUCCGUCCUGGUUUCUAUCAACCAUUGCAAAUGAUGGUAGUUUCCACUUUAGUAGUGGGACAGGUGAUGUGGUCUGGACAAACCUAUGGUACAUAAUAUGCUUCUCUUUGUGAUUUGAACAACUGUGGCAACAUUCCUGCAGAGAGCUCCUUUGAACCCAGCAAGCUAUCUUUCAAGAGAAACUGCACAUUAUUUGAAUUCAGUUUAAUUAGUUACAACAGUAGUGUUCAUAGUAUUUUAAUCAAAUAAACACUGUUACUGGAGGCAAGAAAUGGAAAAAUGUGUUGGAUGUUAAUGAUUUGGGAUAAGAAUUAAAAAGGGAGCAGCU